AAUUACACCAGAAAUCUGUAUGACGCCGUUGCAACUCUAGGAGGAACAGCUGCGAACGAGCAACAACAAACCACCAGGCCGAGCGCAAGCCAGCGGAUACAUAAACAAGCUACACACACAGCCCGCUGCAACCCCUCGGAGCCAAAGCCAAACCACCACCACUUGUACCCAUCACCACCAACCAAACAACAAAACCUCCGUCGUCGUCGCUCCUCUCUGCUGGAUUUAAUAUUUAUAUCAACUAUCAAGAUCCACGGGCUCCGGCAAUAUGGCACUGGACUUUGUGGCCACAUAUAAAGUCCUGGUGCUGGGCGACUCCAAUGUGGGCAAGACCUGCAUCGUGCACAGAUAUUGCGAUGAGAAGUACUACGACACAUACAUCUCCACCAUAGGUAUAGACUUCAAGCAAAAGCUGAUUAACCUCGAUGGCGUGCCCAUAAAACUACAAAUCUGGGACACGGCCGGGCAGGAGCGAUUCCGAACACUGACCACGGCAUACUAUCGCGGUGCCAUGGGCAUCCUGCUCAUGUACGAUGUGACCAAUCUAGAGAGCUACAACAACUUGUCCUACUGGUUGCGCAACAUCCAGGAGAACGCCUCACCAGAUGUGGUCAAGGUGCUGGCGGGCAACAAAUGCGAAUGCUCGGCCACCCAGCGUAUGGUGGACAAGGAGAGAGGCGAGAAGAUUGCCGAGAACUUUGACAUGCCCUUCUUCGAGGUGUCGUGCAAGUCGAACAUAAAUAUUGAGGAUGCGUUUCUGUCGCUGGCUCGCAAAAUUCGCGAACAAAGAGAGCGUCGGGGCGACAACUUUGACAACGACGAGAGCAAAGACAAGAAAUCACCCGGCUCAAAUGGCCUCGGCACCUUUAGUCUCGGCAGUCUUUCCGGCGAGAAUCGCUGCACCUGCUAAAUACUCAUCGAUGGAAUACGAUGCGAUCGCAAAACCGCAAAGCCGCAUACCGCAAAACCUGAGAACAAGUUGUCCAAAGCUAUUGAGCGUUGUGUAGCAUUGUAGCCAAGUUCGUGCAUAGGCCGCCACCGCCACCCAGAGUGUGGGGAUAGUGGGGCACUGCGGCGUAUUGCAUUCUACGUGAUGCGUUCAGAUUGUGCAUUUUAAGGUACACAUAGUCCAAGAGAAGAUAGCAUAAAUAUUUUAGCAUAUUCCUGCGAAUACAUAACGGUCGAUUAUACAUGCAUAUUGUCUCGAUUCCAAUAAUUAUAAUCUAAUGCUAAAUACAUUUAUACUCAUAAGAAACUAAA